AAUUGCUCGUCAAAAGGAAAAAGGAAAAAGGUGCAUAAUUUAUGUUUCAACACUUUGUCUUCUUCUUCUUCUUCUUCUCUCUCACUGAGUCACUUCCUUACUCAGCAAUCUUCCUCUGUUUCCAGCUUAAAACCCUAAUUUCCCAUUUCCCAAAUCCCAAUUCUCCUUCAUUCUUAACUAAAUCCACAAUUCCCCCCAAAAUCAAUCUAACCCCCCCCCCCCCCAGAAAUUCAACAAUUUAGGGUUCAUAUUCUUUACCCAAAAACAAAAUGGGUGCUAAAUUCAGCAAAGACUCGAACAAUGCAAACCCACCAUCAAUUGAUCAAAACACAAAUACCCAGAUGAACAACAACAAUGGCGAACUCAGCUCUUACUUACAAGCUUGUCAAUUAGACCCAGAUGUUCAAGUCUUCGAUUCACAGCUCCAUGAACGCACAACCCACAUCAUCAAUUCACUUACUAAUAACACCAAUUGCAGCAAUGAAGAAGGAGGAGGAAUUGAGGUUCGUUCUGUAUCCCUUGAUUCUCUUAGACAAGUAGCUGGUUGUUUAAUUGACAUGAAUCAAGAAGUUGUUAGGGUAAUUCUAGAAUGCAAGAAAGAUAUCUGGAAUAAUCAGGAAUUAUUUGGUUUAGUUCAAGAUUAUUUCGAGUAUAGUGUUCAAACCCUUGAUUUCUUUACUGCCCUUGAUAAAUGCCUUAAAAGGGUUCGCGAUCGACAAUUGAUUAUACAGGUUGCAUUGCUCCAAUUUGAAGAGGGAUUCAAAGAUAAUGGUGGUAAUUUUUCUGGGAAAAUUUUGCAGGAAUUGAGGGGUUUUAAGGAAGCUGAUGAUCCUUUUACUGAGGAAUUCUUUACAAUGUUUCAAUCUGUUUAUAAACAGCAAAUUAUCAUGUUUGAGAAACUGCAGAUUAGGAAACAUAAACUUGAUAAGAAACUGAAAUCUUUAAAGAUUUACAGAAAAGUUUCAAAUAUCAUAUUUGCUGCUACUUUUAUUACAGUGAUUAUUUGUUCUGUUGUUGCUGCUGCAAUUUCUGCACCUCCUUUAGUUUCUGGGUUAGCUGCUGCUGCUUCUGCUCCAAUGGGAGGAAUUGGGAGAUGGAUGAACACAUUAUGGAAAAAGUAUGAGAUUGAAUUGAAAACUCAGAAAGAGUUGAUUAAUUCAAUGCAAAUUGGGACUUAUAUUGCUAUUAAGGAUUUGGAUAGUAUUCGUGUUCUUGUUGAUAAGUUAGAAGUUCAGGUUGAAUCAAUGUUGGGAAGAACUGAGAUUGUACUUACUCAAGAAGGGGAUGUUAGUGAAGUGAUAGAGGAGAUUAAGAAGAAGCAAACCGAGUUUUUGAAAGCGAUUGAUGAUCUUGGAGAACAUGGGAAUAAGUAUAGCCGCGAUAUUAGAAGGGCGAGGACAGUGAUCUUGCAGAGGAUAAUCAAGCAUCCUAAUGAUGAUUGAGUUGCUAAUUAGGGCUUGUUUGGUAUCAUUGCCAGUUUCCAGUUUUUGGUUUUAAAAGUCGAUUGAAUCAUGAACCAAAAAAUAGUCAUCAUCGAGGCUGAUAGGUCUUGGUUUGAUCAACUUCUUAUAGUAAUCAUGUUGCAGAGGAAAAUCAAGCAUCCUAAUGGAAAUUGGAUUGCUUAUUAGGGCUCGUUUGGUAUCAACGUUAGUUUCCAGUUUUUGGUUUUAAUAGUCUUAUGAUUUAGAUUGAAUCAUGUUGAUUUUGAAAAUUGAGAACAGAAAACUGAAAACUGCUUUUUAUUAUGGUUUGGUUUUCAUAUUUUGGUUUUUAGUAAAAAGUAGAAAACUGGAAACAAAAAACGAUAUCGAAGGUGGCCUAAACUCUUUCUGUUGUUUUAUUGUAGCGUUGUUGUUUACGUGUUUAUCAAUAGAUCUUGUGUUGGUGUGUGAUUUCUAAGAAUGUGGUGUUAGUUGAAACUUUUUGCAGGUGAUCGAAAAUGUAGGAUUCUGGUUGUUUGUGAGAUAUGCAAAUAUGUUUUUUUAGCAUCGAAAAUGUUGUUCUGUUUCAUGGUUUGAUCUCCCUGAAGUAUGUUUGUAUUUUCAAGUUGAUUAUGAAAAGUAUCACUAGCUUACAUAAGUUGGAUGUUGUUGUCCUCUAUAGAUUUUGGUUGUAUGAUGAUUAUAUGCUGAGCAAUCAAAGAGAUCGCAUAUCCUUUGUUUGA